AUGAAUUCUUUUAGCUUCGAUCUUAUUCAUCAUGAUUCAAAACUAUCUCCAUUUUAUGAUCAAUCUAAAACUGAGUCAGAACUUUCGAAAGAAGCUCUUAUCCGUUCCCUCAAUCGCCUCAAUCGUUUCAAUUCAUCUAUGUUAAGGGAUGCAAAAUAUGUAGAGUCCGAUUUAACUAUCGGGGACUAUCUCAUGAGUAUUUAUAUAGUGUUUGGAUGUGAUGAAGCACAUCAAGGUGAUUUUAAAGAUGGUGUUCAAGGUGUCGUUGGCCUUGGACCAGGGCCUUUGUCACUAGUUUCUCAAGUUGGAAACAAAUUUGGCGAGAGUGCCAACAAAUUAUCCUACUGCUUGGUUGAGAAGCCAUUAGAGUUACAUAGUAAAAUAAAAUUCGGAUCGGAUUUAACUCUCUACAAACAAAACACAGAAUAUACAGUUCAAUUUAAGCCUUCUCCUCCUCAUACCAGCUACCACCUCAACCUUGAAGCUAUUAGCGUUAACGAUGAGAAAAUAGAGAUACCAAAUAAAAAACAUGAUAUGAUAGUCGAUAUUCAAACAUCCUUGACAUCAUUGCCUUCAAAUAUAUACAAUGAAUUCAUCGCCAAGGUUAAAAAACAUUUUGGCGACGCACAUUCAAUCGAGGAGCCGGAACACGGCACUUGCUUCCUCAAACGUCAAGUCGACGGCCUCGAGAGACCCAAAGUUGUGUUUCAUUUUUCUGGCCUAUCCGAAUCCCAUGGAGACUUUCCUGUGAAUCCUUCAACAAUUUUUCAGGAAAAUGUUGAAUACAUGUGUUUGACAAUAGUCCGAAAAGAUGGAGUUUCGAUUCUAGGGAACAGGGCACAAGUAGAUGUUCAGAUGCUAUUUGACCUGUCAACCCAUUCCCUCACUUUUGCUGCACUUAAUUGCAUCAAAGUUUCAUUUUAA